AUGUCAACCAAAGUGGAGGUUCACCUGCGGUGCAGACCAGUCCCUGAUGAUGCAGAGCAGAUAAAGAUGAGCGUGUCUACUACCGCUGGAGGAACCACCCUCAGCAUAGCAGAAGCCAGAGAUUUUGCGGUGGACGGAACUGCUGCAGAAAAGGAGUAUCAGCUAGAUGGCAUGUGGCCGGGCACAACUUCUCAGGUGUUCAUAUUUGAAAACAUAGCGCUCCCCAUCGCCGAUAAAGUUUUAGAUGGCUAUAACGGAACUAUUUGUUGCUACGGUGCUACCGGAUCAGGGAAAUCGUUCACCACCUUUGGAGAAAAAAAUAAUGAAGGUAUGGUAACGAGGACCAUCAGGUAUCUUUUCCAGCAGCGCCAAGCAAGGGAAGGGAGCGCUGAGAUUCAGUUUGUUGUAUCGUUCCUCGAGCUCUAUCUGGAUAACACGUAUGACUUACUAGAUGAUAAACCACCUGUACAAAGUAGCACAAUGGGCUCAUUCGGCAGUACCAGACAACUUGUGGAGCCGGAUGCCUCCAGUGCUGGUGCGGAGCCUUCUAUCGUUAGCAAUGCAACACCUGCAAAGCAGCAGGAUUCCAAGAUCCUACAGCUUCGUGAGACAACAACCGGCGCUGUGUAUGCGGAGGGGCUUUCUGCUCAUCCAGUUUCUUCAGCAGAUGCUAUGCUUGCACUGCUUAAAAAAGGUAUCAAUCGAAGAGUAACGUUUGCAACGGCAGCAAAUGAACGCUCGUCACGAUCCCAUGCUAUUUUCUCUGUUGCAGUUGUUCAAAAUGAUCGGGUAAAUGGGACAACCCGGUCUUCUGUCUUGACCUUUGCAGAUCUCGCGGGUUCUGAGAGGUUGUCCAAAUCAGCGUCUGAUGGAACAAGAAAGUUAGAGGCUGCUAGCAUCAAUAGAAGCCUCUCUGCCCUUGGGAACGUUGUCCAGGCACUGGCAAAGAACUUACCACACAUUCCCUACAGAGAUUCUAAACUGACCCGGAUACUCCAGCACGCUUUAGGAGGCUCCUGCCACACUACCAUGAUAUGCACAGUGUACCCAUUGAAAUCCAAUUAUGAUGAAACUCUAUCGACAAUACAGUUUGCACAUAGAUGUAGAAAUAUCAUUAACCAGCCCCGUGUUUCAAUAAUUGAUUUGUCUUCAGCAGAUCUGGAGUCUAAGGUAAGGCGGCUCACGUCUGAACUGAUAGAUGUCCGCACGCAGUUAUCAAAAGAGGAAGAAUUACGCAAGGCAUUGCAGGGCCGUAUUAAUGAGAUGGUUGAAGUGCUCAAAGAGACAGGUGAAUACACCAUUGGUCCCAAUGGAGAAAUCAUUGAUGAAGACGGAAAUAUCAUAAUGGGUGCACGGCCUACCAGUGGUAAUACUGGAAGUCGUGUUGCCUCUGCACGACAAUUAGAAACAUCGGAUCACAUAAUUAGUAGUCCCAAGAGGCGCCGCUCCGCCUCUCAUACUGAUCCAGCAAAGGCUAACAAAGCCCUACAGAACUCACUUAAUCAGGUUCAAGCAAAGCUGGAUCAACGAUCAAACGAUCUCCUGGAGGUUCAGGCUCAGAGUAGACAGACAAAAGAAGCCCUUCUCAAGCAAAUAAGCGAUCAGAAGCAGCAGAUCUUGUCCCUGACGAGGGAGCUCAGUGCAACGACCCAGAGAUUUGACGCCACUGUGGAAAAGAUGCAGAAGCAACACGAUCAAGAGAUAAAGCGUCUUCUUGCAGACACAAAGGAAUUGUAUACUAAGAACACAGAGCUCAUAAAUUCUUUGCCACGUAUCGCACAAGAGUACGCUGAAGAAAGCAGAGACCAGGCCGAACUGGAAUCUAAAAUUAGGUGUGCGCUUGAGUCAGAAAAGAGUACCUUUGCUGUAGAACUGGACUGUAUGAUGAUAAAUCAACGUGAAGAACUAACCAAGCAUUUUCAAUACGAGCUUAAUAUUCUUCAAAUGAGAUUGAAAGAGGUCGAAGAGAGUAGCUUUGUAGAGCGGGAGAAGCUCAUGGAGCGCUUUGACAAGCUCCUGCAGAUCUGCAUGUGGUUUCAAAGGGAGUAUGGAAAGUCUUCGAAUGUAAUACAUGAAUGCUGUGAGGGUAAGCAUGCAGCUAUUAUUAUUGGCGGCUUACAACCAUGUAGUAGGCCCCACAGCCGUCCGAUGACUGGACCUGCACCCAAAGCUCGCAGUGGUUCGGCAUACACGACAACCAUUAGUGAUCUUACCGAGAACGUAGAGAAUAGUGAGUACAAGAACAGCGGAGUUCAAUAUCUUUAUAAGUCUGAUGGGCAGACAAGGGCGGUCAGUAGUGUCCUCCAGACCGUGGAUGGACAGCAGACUAAGAGCAUUUUAGAAACAUCCCAUGAGCUCACCUCUGAUGAACAGGCAAUGGGCUUAAGUGAGUCCGUUGGAGGCUAUGCUUAUGGUGGAACAGCUGCGCAUCUUCCUGGCUAUGUUCAACAGGCUCCACGGCAACCGUCUCAGCAUGCAGCAAUAGUCCUACCUCUGGAGCUCAUGCCUGUUCCUGUUCCACUAGACUAUGUAACGUUUUUGCGUAGCGAGUACGAGGAUCGAGAGCAUGAGCGCGAGCGGAUCGCAAGCGAGGCUGCAGGGCCCGUGUCUCCUCCUCGGGGAGGAACCCCCAUUGUUACCACCCCUUCUAUGGUCACUCCAUCAAAGCCCCCAGGCUCAGUAGGAUUGAAUAUGGUACGGCCUUAUUCAAAUUAUACAGCAAAACCGUACGAAUAUGCACUGUCCUCUUCGGGAACGGUUAAGAAAAUCCGUCCAAAAACGGCUCCCAAGCCUGAAAAGUUUAUCACGUCUCUCGGAUCUCCUAGUGGACGGACAGGCGACCUACCGGCUAUGUGUGUUAUGGAUAAUCUAAAUACAUACUCUAUUGCCCAGACUCAGCGAACAAGAAGUGGCUCAAUAUUGGUACAAUCUAAAUUGAACAGCCUAAGCAGCCUUGCACGGACAAGUACACAGCGCCCCAGCAGCACCACCUUUGCAACUAGAACAUCUACGCUGAGUACGAGGGUACCCCCGUCUCAAACGGCCCAUUCAAGCGUGUCGAAAAAGAAGGCCAGAGACGACCUUGCUCUGUCCAAUUUGCAUGAGAGUCCAUGUCUCAACAUCAGCUCGAUUAAUAGUACCUCAGAACAACCGUCAAACCUCACGACUGAGCAAUUCUUACGGUUUGAGCUUGAACGGGAAAAAAGAAAGUCACAGCAGCUGCAACAAGCGGCUAUCUACCAGCAGCACCUUCUCAACUCAAAAGUAACAUCUGGAGUAACCAAAAGCCUUACAAGACAGUCACGGAUCGAAAUAUACCAUAAGUAG